UAAUAUUUUAAUAAUGUAGAAAUUGAUUGCUUUAGCUUUGAUUGUUUCAUGUGUAUUAGGUGUAUAGAAGGAUACUAAAACAGUGUUGGCAGAGAUAGAUGCUGACAACUUUGGAAAUACAAUUUUAUCAACAGUUUAAAUGUAUUUACAAGCAAAAGGGAAUGCAGAAGAAAUUUUAGUGUUGUUGAAUUAAGUAUUAGCAGGUUUGGUUGAUGAUUAAAAUAAACAUGAUAAUGUUAUCAGAGUUGAUAGAGCUGCUUGUACUCGUAUUGUAACAGAUUUGGAAAAUUCAAUUGCUUAUCAUACAGCUUAAGUAGCUGCUAAUGCUUAAAUGAGAGAAGAUAAUGAAAAGGCUUUAGCAGAAGCUGAAAAUGAUGUUAGAUAAACAAUUUAAGUAUGCAAAUAAAAAUAGUUGUUUAGGAUAUAGAAAGUAAUGAAAGAACUUUUGCAUAAGAAGAAGCUAACAGAAACAAAGCUCAUGAAACUUGGGUUAGAAAGAAUGGUGAACAUGAUGAUGCUAUUGCUGCUGUUGAUGAAGCAACUAAAUUAGUUUAACAUCUUUCUCUAGGUGCUACAUUUGCUGAACUUAAACCAAAAUUUGAAGCUGUUUAAAAGAGAUUGAUUGAAAAUGAAAGUCACGGUGCUCUCUUUUAACCUAUUGUCACUGCUUUGACUGAAUUAGCCACUAAAGUUGAUUAAAAGGCUAUCUAAAGAAUUCUUCAAUUGCUCUCAUAACUCAGAUAACAAUUGAUUGAAGCAAGAUCUGUUUUAGAAGUAAGUAUUCUAUUUAAAUAUUCUCUAGGAUACUGAAAAUAGAUAAGCUCAAAGAUGGUCUGAAUUCUCAACACAUUUGAGCAAUGAACACAAUAGAUUGGUUGAUAGAAAGAAUCAAUUGGAAUAGUCCAUCCAAACUUUCAGAACCAAUAUUGAAACUGCCACUCAUUUCUUUGAAGUUCAUUAAGUAAAAUUUAUAUUUCUAUCUUUUUUAUAGUUAGAAUUAGAAUAAGCUCAAGAAACUCUUGAUGCUGAACAUGAAUGGUGUGCUCUCCAAGAAACCACUUACGACACUCAAACAACUGAAAGAUAAAGAUAAUAAGAAAUUGUUGAGAGAAUCUUAGAACAUUUAACUGAAAAAUUAACUGCUACAUCCCAAUACCUUGGUGGCAGAUUCUGAGAUUUUAUCAUAAAUAUUCAACAUUAUGUCCAUC